UCAAAAGCUUCGCAGGGAGUGCGAGUGGUGGGGUCGUCUCGUCGUCUUCGUCGAGCCACACACUUCACGCACCGUCGUCCUGUCUGAGGGCGACUCCUCCCGCGCACCCGUCCCUUCCUUUCCAGCCUUCGGUCGCAUGUCGGGGAUUCAAAUUUUGUCUGAUUCGCGUGACGAUGCUCGCAAUUGCGUUCCCUAGUCCCAUUGCACGGACGAUCGCCCGCGAGGACCCGGCGAUGACAGUUCGGAUUGUCCAAGUCUGAUCUUCUCCUCCCCCGCCAACUACCGUACUGGAAAAUGAGGCACUUCUCUGCACCUGCUCGAGUGGAGAAUCAUCGAUCGACUCAAGUCUCGUGUCCGAGGGCCUGACGCAGUCGGACCUCCUCGUUCGAACUGUUCGGUCGUCGCCACGGGCCUCUGCUCCGGCUCUCCUCCUCUCGUCGCCGGCUGCCUCCACGUUCCCAGACGACCAGUUGGAUUUCCGAUUUCCACUGGCACCGACUGAACCGUCGUUCGAGUGACGAAGUGGAGCACUCUGGGUUGUGUAGUGUCGGGAUUCUCCGAUUUUUGGUGGUGGACCGAAGUUCAUUGAGCGUUUGUUGGUCUCUCUUCGAGGUUUCGCGGCGUCGAUCGAGCUCAUUACAGACUUCGCAGGUCCGCGUCGCAGGUCAGGCGGUGGAUGUGAGAAUCUGCUAAAAUGCACGUAAAGCCAGCGGACAGGGACGCAGCUUCGGCUGGAGCCUCCCACUCAGGCCGACAACUGAAGGAACCGUCAUCACUGAGGAAGGUGCGCCUCGGCGGAGGUGCUGCGCGGGUCCCCGCAAGCAACCAAACAAUCGAUUCUCCUCUUCGAACUUUGGUGUCCGCCAUCGGUCAGAGCCUCGGCGCCAGGACGCCGCUCCGAAAGCAGAAUGGCUCAAGCUCCGCUGCGGCAGCAGCGAAGAAUGAGCCUGCGUCCUGUUCAACUCCGGUCAGCAGCACGAGGAGGAUGGCGAACAACGCAGCAUCGUCGUCGUCACAAACACCAGUCAGGCACACGACAUCGGCGAGGGUCACAAUCACAGCUUCCACGCCGAGAAAGAGCUCUCUCUCCUCCUCCUCUUCAGCCACCUCGUCCUCAUCCGUUUCCUCCUCCACGCCCUUGAAGAAGCAUCCCGUUUCAGCUGCGUCCUCACAAACUCCUAUAUCCAAAAAGUCCUCUGCCUCCAGCUCCUUCGGAUCCGCCACGAGGAGCUCCAACAACCCAACCACUCCAAUUGCCAGAAGAGGCACCACCAUGCCUCCCAGAACACCCACAGCCGCAGCCGCCAGGACUCAGAACAAUCCCACCACUCCAGUUUCCAAGUACACAUCCAUUCCUACUCCCGCUAAGAAGCAAGCUGGUGGGAUGACAACUCCGAUCUCGAAGCAGCCCACCACCCCGUAUCUGAAGGACAGGAGGCAGAAGAAUCCCACUUCCAAUUCCCCGAUUUCGAAGCAGAACACCGUGCCCCCCACCACGCCGGUGAAUGGAUUCAGCAACUCGCGCACUCCUCUGAACACGCACGGCUCGAACAUUCCGUUCUACACCCCGAAGUCCACUCUGCCGAACAAGUCGAGCCUUCCGAGUCCUCUCCAGCCCCGGGACACGAACAUCCCCGAGUCCUCCAGACGGCUGCACUUCGGCAUCAACCUGAGCGCCAUGGCCGAGCAGGAGAAUCUGGGUAUGUGCACUCCCAGGUCCCAUUCUUCGGCGAUGGCAGAUGCCACGUACUCCUUCGACAAGAACAGGCUUGCACAGAUCAAGGCCAGAAGGAAUGCCUUUCAAAAGCUGCUGACAUCUCCUGCCCAACGAGUGAGAAUGCCCGAGACUUCUUCACAGCCCGCUCAUACUCCUCGCAGGCAUCACGUUGGGGACGAGAAUGACCCCAACGCUGAUCUUAGUGGGUCGGAUUUGAGUGUGAGCCACAGUCCUACUCGGAGAAGAGUGGCCAAUUCACUUUUUUGAACUGUCCAUUUCAUCCCGAAUCUCAUGCACCUGUCCACAAACGACUGUAAUUGGACCCCAUCUUCGACCAGUCAGUGAAGCUUGCCGAUUCAUUCAAUUUUCGGACGCUUUUCCUGUCUUGCUUCUCAGACCAGACCAUUGCUCAUGACAUCUCGACAAGAGUGAUGUACGAUUCUUCCUGUUUCAUCACUGAUCUUAAGAACAUUUCCUCGUAGACAUACUGUUUUCACAUGAUGAAACGUUGUAUAGAGAAGACGUAUCACAGCGGGCAAGGUAGUUUUUUGGGGUCCAGAAGUCUGCUUGGUUUUUCUAACAGGGGAUGUCAACCCCGAUGUCGGCCAUUCGCCGACACCUUAUUGUAUCCCUGUUGCUACAUUCUGCAUGUUUCCUGUACUUAUGGAGUGGUCUUGCACAAUUCUCUUACGUCAUCUGCGGAUUCACGUUUUUUUUAAUAUGCACAGCACUACCGACCCGAAACUCUGUGUAAAAGAGGCGUUGAUCCAAG